ACCAAACUUUGGUAUAUGCAGUCAUCCAUUUCGUCCAUAGCCGCACACCGGAGCUCGCGGAACCCAAAUCGGGGGAAACCAAUCGCCGCCGACCAGCAACAUUUUCCGCUUUCAUGGCCUUUGUGUUUGUGAACACAUUUGGAGAAGAUAUUGCAAGUUCAUUGUAGCACAAUUGGUCUAAUAUUUGUUGGAGCAUUGAAACAAACAAUGCUCACGAAUCACAAGUUGUUUGUCCAUCUGAAUGGGGGUAUUAGGUUACCGGUUACUGUGCAAGGGGCUUCAAGAAGGGUUAUCUCUUUAUCUUCUUCAGAUAUGCAGGCAACCAGUCAACAGGAAGACGAAAAUACCCCUAACUCCAAACAACUAUCUUCCGUGGCAGGAGGCAUAGUAGCAUUGGGAAAGUUUGAUGCACUACACAUAGGUCAUCGUGAGCUUGCUAUCCAAGCAUCAAAGGCAGGCACUCCAUUCCUUCUAUCAUUUACUGGAAUGGCUGAAGUUCUUGGCUGGGAACCUAGGGCUCCUGUGGUUGCUAAAUGUGACCGUGAACGUGUGCUUUCAUCUUGGUCUGCUUGUUGUGGAGAAGUGGUCCCCACAGAGCUCGAAAUUGAAUUCUCUAAAGUUCGCAAUUUGACCCCACGUCAGUUUGUGGAGAAGUUAUCCAAAGAGCUUGGUGUUCGUGGUGUUGUGGCAGGCAAAAACUACAGGUUUGGUUAUAGAGCUUCAGGUGAUGCAUCCGAACUAUCAAGAUUAUGUGAAGAGUAUGGUCUAGAGGCAUACAUUAUAAACCCCGUGAUGGACAAAAAACAAAGCAUAUUAGCCACAGGAUUCAACGAUGCGAAAGAAAGAGGACAGGUGUCAUCUACACGUGUUCGUUAUGCACUUUCAGAGGGAGACAUGGGAUAUGUCUCGGAGCUUCUCGGUCGCCACCAUCGUCUGAUAUUGAUGCUGAAUGAUGAAUCAUUCAGCAUCAAAACCACAAGCAGGAUUUCGUAUCCGAAAUCCUGCUUGUUAAAUCUUCCACCCAAAGAGGGUGUAUAUGAAAAUUGUCGUAUCAUAUCCAAAGAAAAUGUUGUACCUUGUAGAGUAGUUGUUGAUACGACAAAUAUUCAUUUAGAGUUGGUAGAGAUAGACCCUAUUUGUAUUCAAGAGUCUAGAUACCUAAAUAUUGAGUUUGGUGCCUAGAUUUUGUACUUUUAACUAAG